GCCCUCGUCCCUCAGCGGCUCCGCCAUUGCCGCACGCGCCGCUGCCGGGGCCGGUUCUGGGCCGCGACCGGCGCCUGUCCUGGGGCUCGUUCACUGCCGGAGCGUCCCCAAGGUGUCCCCAAGGUGUCCCCAGUGAGCAUGGAGCCCCAAGAGGUGUCCCCUGCCCAGCUGCUGGAGGCUCUGGUGUCCGUGGUGGCCACCCUGGGUGAAGUGGCGGCCACCGUGACCGGGUCACACCAGGGCGUGCAGCAGUGCUUGUCUCCAGACUCCCUGCGCGCUGCCCUGAGGAGAUUCACCCAGAGCCUCCGUGAGACCCUGGACCACGGCAGUGUCCCCUCCCUGGGCCAGGCCCUGGCCACCCUCAGGGCCACCUCUUGGAUCAGCUGGGCCGAUGUGAGAGCUGUGGCCAAGGCCUGGCAGAGGUUGGUGGCCGCGCUCAGGGACAGAUGGGACCAGCUGGCCUUGGAGGCCGCCGAGCUCUGUGUUGCCUGCGCGGACGCGGCCCCUGCCCGGGCCAGGGACCUGUGGUACGAGACUGCCCGCCGGGGGACAGCCUGGCACAGACUGGCGGCCACCGCCCAGCGGCCAACGGUGGCCCUGGACUGGGAGGAGGUGGCCUGGGUGGGGGCCACAUGCAAUGUCCUGGAGGCAGCGGCCACCGACGAGGAGGAGGCGGCCACCAGUGAGGAGGAGGCAGCCACCAGUGAGGAGGAGGUGGCCACCAGUGAGGAGGAGGUGGCCACCGACGAGGAGGAGGCGGCCACCAGUGAGGAGGAGGUGGCCACGAGCAUGCAGGAGCUGGCCCCCAGUGAGGAGGAGGCAGCCAUCAGUGAGGAGGAGCUGGCCCCCAGUGAGGAGGAGCUGGCCCCCAGUGAGGAGGAGGCAGCCAUCAGUGAGGAGGAGCUGGCCCCCAGUGAGGAGGAGCUGGCCCCAAGUGAGGAGGAGCUGGCCCCCAGUGAGGAGGAGGCAGCCACCAACAAGGCCAUGGGAGAGGCCGUGGUGGCUGCCAGCCAGGCAAGGGCGGCCACCAGGAGGGGACAUUGGGCAGAGGUGGCCCUGGGGCCACUAGAGCGCUUGGUGGACGUGUGUGACAGGGCCACCAUGUUCAUCAGGAACAUGGAUUACUGCCUCUGGGAGAUCAGGAUCAUCCUGAACAGGACAAAGAAGGCAUCCCCCAAUGUCCCUGUGGCCUUGGUGGCCAAGGUGGCCGAGGCCGAGCAGCUGUGGGAGGCCGGCUCUCACCUGGCCAAGGAGCACCUGCUGGGGAUAUUUGAGCUCAUUGACAACCUCCUCUUGAGUCCCUGUGGUGGCCCUGGUGGCCCAGGUGGCCCCUGUAACCGCACAGUGGAUGAGUGGUGCCAAGAAGCCAUCAAGGACAUCCCAAGGCUGCUGCAGGGACAGUGAUGUCACCACUAUGAUGUCAUUGGGGCAGUGAUGUCACUGGAGAGACUUGUGGAUACUCAGCUGCCACCAGCUCCUUGUGUCACCAAGAGCCCCUCAAGUGUCACCAGCGCUAGUGCCACGAGCUCCUCAUGUCACCAAGAACCCCUCAAGUACAACCAGUUCCCCAAGUGCCACCAGCUCCUCGUGUCGCCAAGAGCCCCUCGGGUGCCACCAGCUCCCCAAGUGCCACCAGCUCCUCGUGUCACCAAGAGCCCCUCAAGUGCCACCAGCUCCUGAUGUCGCCAAGAGCCCCUCGGGUGCCACCAGCUCCUGCUGUCACUGGGAUCUUGUGCAGGAGAAUCUGGGGGGGGUCCCUUGGGGCUCGGUCCUGUCCUCCUUCCCCAUUAUCAGCCAAGACCCCCCCGGGAGACAGUGGUCAGAAUUGAGAUUUUUAUAAAAGUUUGUUAAGGGAUAAAAUCCUGGUGCUAAUUGCCAAAAGCUCCCCAUUAAUUAAACCACGUUCUUUAUAUUCUGUUACAUCACAGAGGUUCAUGCAUAUUCACAGAGGUUGAUGCAUAUUCAUAAUAUAUUAUUGAUCUAAAUAUAUAUAUAUAUGAGUAAUAAAAUAGAAAUAUAGAUUUUAUAAAAAUACUUUACAUUAAUAUAUUUUAUACCAACAGAAUUUAUAUUAUAUUCAUAUAUAUAAUUAUGUUGAUUUACUAUAUUAUUUUAAAAUAAUAUUUUAUAUUAACAUUUUAUAUAUACAUAAAUAUACAUAUAUUUUUCUAUAUUCUAUAUAAAUUAUAUUCAGACAUUCCUGGAAGUUCAGAUGUUCUUUUGUUUGGUUUUAACCCUUGACUUGCCUCCACGCCAUCUUGUGCAUUAAACCAAUUUAUUUUAUUUCUC